ACUGUGCUCACUUGCUUCAGUCAGUACCGGUCCAGCAACCGAUUUGGAGGGCUCUUUUGAGCGUUCCCCGAAAACGGUCAGAGAAAGGACCAGCCCGUGACGCUGAAAACCAGGGAAAGGAACGCGAAUCGCUAAAAGAGAAUCCGCUCGAGAAAUCGCAAUGCGGACGAAACUGCAGCUCCUUUUAUUCGCGUUGCUGUUGCUGGGCCUUUUCCUGGACACAUCGGCACAGCGACGAAGAAAACUUCGCCGUCGUACGACCACGUCGACGGAAGCCAGCGUCCAAGAUGAGGUCAUGAACAUGCUUGAGGCUGACGAAAUUGCCGAGGAGGCAGCGCAGGACGCUGAGGUCACCGUCGAAGAUGACAGGAACGAGGCCGGAUCGAAGCAGAGCUUGCUCCGUAUGGACCCGUGCUUGGAGAAACACUGUGGCGCAGGACGAGUUUGCAAGAUCGUCAACGAGGAGAGCGCUGAAUGCGUUUGUGUCGAUGUCUGCGACGAAGAAGUCGAUCCUAGACGAAAGGUUUGCACCAAUUACAACGAAACGUACGGUAGCGACUGCCAGGUUUACCAGGCUCGAUGUUUCUGUGAAACUGGCGACGCCAGGUGCGCUGGACCUGACAAUCAACACGUUCACAUAGAAUACUAUGGUGAAUGCAGACAAAUGCCUAUGUGCAAAGAGGAAGACAUGGCUGACUUCCCAAGGCGUAUGCGUGACUGGCUGUUCAACAUCAUGAGAGAUCUGGCCGAUCGUCAAGAAUUACCGUCGCACUACUUGAAAAUGCAACGCGAAGCUGAAACGAAUCACACGUUACGUUGGACGAACGCUGCCAUUUGGAAGUGGUGCGAUUUAGACGGGCAUCCUCACGACAGGGCUGUUUCCAGGCACGAACUUUUCCCUAUCAGAGCACCCUUGAUGGCUCUCGAGCACUGCAUCGCGCCGUUCCUCGACUCGUGCGAUAUUAACAACGAUCAUAAAAUUACCCUCAUCGAAUGGGGUAAAUGCUUGGAACUUGACGAGGACGAUUUGGAUGACAAGUGCGGCGAGUUGGCUGAAGCAGCAAACUCCGACCAAUAAUAACGUAGAAAUUCAAACGACACGCGGUAGUGGUUACGGCUGGAUAAACGAACGGAAGAGAGAAGAAAGCGAGAGAGUAAACACACGGUGUAUAGGACCGACGAAAGGGCGAGGAAUGAGAAAAAUGGCGGGAAAAAUUCCAAGUAAACCGUUGCACAGCGAACAACGCGCAUGUCUGCGCACAGACUCGUCGAUAUUGCAACCCAUCAUGGCCGUGCCAACCGCUGUUUUAGACAGCCCUCUCUAAUAAUAUAGAGAUGUGUACGUUAGGGACUACACGCGAUAAUUAUAUAAUAUUUUUUUUAUAAGCUCAGAACCGCCUGCCAUGUAAUGGUUCGAAGAGAAACAUGACAUACCUGCUCUUUUUUCCCUCCCUACACUAUAAUCUUUAAUAUUAUCCCCGUAGCAAUGACGUAUGUACGUAUUUUCUCUAUACACACCUGUAUACAUGUUUUGUAUAAAUUUAUUAUGUGACUGCCUUUUUAUCAAUAAAGAGUAAUAUACACUUUG